CACCAAGCAGCGUUAUAACGGGGACAUUUAACUGUGCACGUAGAGCGUACCCGCGACGUGUUAAGACUCGGCUGUCGCAUAUAUAACGCUUGUACAGGUGUAUCACCAACCUUGCCAAAAUGACGACCGAGUGUCGAGAAACGUUGACAGACAUUAUUUUUGUUCCAAUGAUGGCAGAGUGUGGUGUGAAGACCAUUGAAGGCUUUGCAAAUGAUGUUGUGAGUAAUUUAGAGCGAAGGGAAAUGAAACGAGUUGGUGAAAUAUAUGAUAAACUUCAGAAAAUGAAAUCAAGUGAUAUUAGGAAGCAUAAAUUCAACUACUGGAAAGUUAUGCAGUGCCUCGGGGAGGUUGGUAUCGAAAAGAUUAUUCUGGCAAUCAAAACAAACACUCUUCAUUCUUGCCAUUGUCAUGUCUACUCCAAUUUAUUUGAAGCGAUGAACCUCUUUUGUGAGUGUCUGACUACAGUGAACGUCAUUAAAAGAGUUCUCUACCACAGACAGGCUCUUGUGCCAAUUUUUUUUGAAGCUCUGAGACAGCCAAAGGAACCAAGGCUUCUGGAGAAAAUGCUUGUUAUCAUGUAUAGGUGUCUCAUUGUUGGAAAAGAACCUCUGGCGGAGAUGUACAUGAUGAAUAAGAUUCUGAAAGAUCUUCAUUCGAUUGCACAGAAACAGCUUGAUUUCAACGACAACUCGAUAGAUAUUGUUGAAUAUUGUGUAAAGCUAUUGUACGGGCUGGUAAUUCAUGGUGGUAAACAUGUUCGUCAUCAAGUGAGACAUUCAUCAGCUAUUAUUGCUGUCGAAGAGUACAAACACAGCCUUGAACGGAAGAUAGAUCCCAAAGUAAUUCGCCUAACAGAUCCUGUUGUAUUGAAGUACUGCACAGCCCUCCGAAUCGAACUGGAUGGCGGGACUCAGCUUAUAGACAAACAGUCACUACGGGACGUUCUCAAAGAGGAAUGUAACAGUGAUAAUGGUCAUGUCAUCUUUUGUUCAGCACCAUGUUGUCGCAGACAGUUCAAUGAGGAAAGAGACCAUUUUCGUUAUUGUGGAGCGUGUCGACUCUCUCGCUACUGUAGCAAGCAGUGUCAACGGGAACACUGGAAGGUGGCGCACAAGGAGAUGUGUCUCAAGCUGGAAUGUUAUACUCAAGAUUCAUGAUUUAUUUUUUUUUUCAGUUUUAUACUUUUGAUUUAUUAAAGUCCAUCUUCAUGGCAUGACGUAUACUUAGACUCUUUGGAAUGGAUAUAUUUAUGAGAUAAAUCUAGUGUGUUUUCAAUUAAGAGGUUUUGAAUGUAGAUUUCAUACAUGUAAAUAUAGCAUGAGGUUUUGUAUUGAAAAAUAUAUAGGUAUCAAAUCGAAGUUUGAAACCUCUAUAUUCAAAACAAUGCUAGGUUUGUCUGCAUUCUACCAUUACAAAAUGACGAAACAAGCGCAACCUCUUUGGCUACAGUGGAAAUGAUAAGUGAUGUUUCAUCAGUUGAACCUAAUAAUUUCAUGAUGUCACAUUUUCCAUGCUUGUCUUGUAUGCAGCAGAUUUUGUGGCUGAUGAAGCAGUUCUGUCAUCAGUUUGUGAAUUUUCGUGAUUCUUCAUUGCUGUAACCAGGGAUUUAUCUAGACUUCCUCAGGGGAUCAUUGUUGACCACGAAUGUCAGUAAUAUACCGGUACUAAUAAUUCCCAAAUGGGAAAUGAAAAAAUUCAUAAUUCAUGUGAAUGUAGAUAUAAGCACUUUAAAAAAUCCCAGUUUAAUUUACAAAUUUACACUUAUCUCCCAAUUUGGCAUUUAGUUUGGAAUCCUAGAUAAAUCCCUGUACAACAUAUUCUGGAUUUAUGCAUUUUCUGAUUACGUUUUUGAAACUGAGUGUCAGCUUAUCCUUUAAAGUUUGCUGUAAUUUGCUUUAUAUUUGCUUUAAAUUUACACUUAUUUCCCAAUUUGGCAUUUAGUUUGGAAUCCUAGAUAAAUCCCUGUACAACAUAUUCUGGAUUUAUGCAUUUUCUGAUUACAUUUUUGUCUCUGUGUUAGCUUAUCCUUCAUAGUUUGCUGUAAUUUGCUUUAUAUUUGCUUUAUAUUUGCUUUAUGUUUGCUUUAUAUUUGCUUUGUCAGUGAAGGUGGUCAUCAGCAAGUAAUACUUGUUCUGAUUAUGUGAGCAUUGUCUGUUCAUGCUGUCAGGUUUUAAGAUGUAUGUUUUUUUAUUUUCAGGUUAAGUAUCCUAUAAUUAUGUGUUGGUCAGGUAUAAGAACCAUUGUAUGUAGAUUUAAGUCUAAAUUGUACUGUGUAGUGUAUAGUUGGAUGCACAGUGCACAUUGGGUUGAUGUGCCACUUCGUGGAGCGCUACCUGUGCUGCCGAUAUUCAUUGUCCAGAGUUGCAUCCCUUAGGCAUUACAGAAAGCUGAUUGUGGGUAAGAAUCCUGGUUCACCCUUAUGUUUCUAGGUUUGUCAGAACCAUACCCAUGCUUGUGGGUUUCACUAAAGUUUUCGAUUCCUAGAGGCCUGCAUCACUUUUGGCUUUCAAUCCACAUCAAACUGUCAAGCCGUGAUGUAUCUGAAAUACUAUUCAAAGCAGCCUUAUACCCUACUUACCCAUUCACUAUGUCAAUACUUCAAGGGUAUAUAUCACUACAUUCCUCCAUUGCCCAUGAAUAUAUUGACCCAGUAUAUCUUAAUGCAAUAGUCUACUGAUAUUUGAUGGUCUUCAGUAAUGUCUUCUGAACUAGCCCCUAAAUGGCCAGGUUUCAAAUUGAGGCCACCCUGCUAGCCCAAGACUAUUAAAACCCAAUGAUGGUAGUCAUCAUUGACUAGUAGCAUUUGAGAGCUACAACUCUGAACCAGUUCUCCAAGCUUCAAGUGUCUCCUUCAAGCAGGACUAUCUACAAACUGAGGACCAGUGAAAUGAGGGCAACACUAGUCCUCAGGAUAAAAACACAUCCGUGACAUUCUAUUGUUUGAGCACUCCAUUAUUUUUAAGGAAUGGAGAGUUGUGUUCUCUGCUGCUGUUGCACGUGCUUCGUCACAAGCUGAUUUUUACAAUGCAAGUUUAUGGCUCUUUAGAAUGUUUGUGAAAGUGUAAGCAUGGUAAGAGGAGAGAUGUGUUUUUAGAAGGGGAACUUCCUUGUAACUCUCCAUUUCUUAAAAAAAAUGGGCCUCGGUUCCAUUAUUUAUAAGGAAUGGAGAGUUACUCGAACAUUCACCUCUACCUAGUCUCCAAAAAAAUAGAAAUUUCUACAUUGUGCAUAAAUUAGGGUUAGGCUAGACAUUUUUUGUUUUUCGAUUCACGUGCCUGCUGCCCAUCCUGAAAUGCAGCUGGAAAAGAAAUAAAAGAAACAAAAAAGUAGUUAUGUUUAGUAUGUCUCCCGCUAGUAAUAUAGUCCCACUUAUAGUUAUACAAUAAAAACUGUUAUAUAUAAAUUCCAUGUCUACAUCACUAUCAGUGAUUCAAGAGGCUACCUGCAGUUUGAACUCCAAGGCAGAAUUGCUCUCAUAUAAAUAAAUAAAAGAUUGACACAGCUGUUUAUAUCUAUUUUAAUAUGGACUGACCUUGUGUGGGAAAGCUGGAAUAAAUCCAUGAAACAAAAUUUAAAAAGUGUGGCCUUGUGCUUAAUUGAGACAAAGUUUUCAUCUGUCCUCUGCAGUGUGCCAUAUUACAUUUUGAGGAAGAUAGUAACUAACUGUUUUAGUUGACUAGUCCUCAUAAUGAUAACAUGUAGCAAAACCCUUAAAAAUGGCAAAUACUGGUCCUUAUGAUACCUUAACUAUUGGGCAGUUUGCCAAGGACUAUAGGCGUGAUAGGACUAGUGUCAAUUACCUUUUCUUUCUCUUUUCUUGAGUUCUUCAACAGUAUUUGUUUUUGAUUGACUAUGCUGCAGAUGAAGAUGUUCAAAAUGUAUUUGUCAGUUUGUGUGCUUGGACAUUAUGGUACAAACAAAUGUAACAUGCAGUUCUUGAAAGUGAUGAUCUAUUAAGGAAAUGAUAAUGAUGUUCUGGGAUUAGCAAGAAAUGCUUGACAUAUUCUUCAAUGUACAGUACAUACAAAUUUGGUUCAAGAAAACUGGCUUCCGUGUGUCACCUCAAGGCUUGUGUUUUAGGUUUUUAUGUACUUAUGUUUGUUUACCAUGUUUACGGAGUCCAGAAAUGAUUGAUUUUACUUAAGAUAUCUUUUGAUAUGUUUUAUUAUGUAUACGUUCAAAAGUGAAAUAAAUUGUUUUACUGUCACAUGGACAUCUUCCCUAGGCAAGGGAGUUCACUGACUGUAAAAGUCCAGUUUCCACCCUUGCCGAACAAGGCUGGAAUGACUUGGCUCGAUCUUACCGCCACCAGCAGCUAUUAUGAGUUAUGUCGCGUGUAUGUCCCUCCUACUGACCAAUCAGGUUCCACCUUUCAUAUCAAUUGCAGUUGCUUUAAACAAAAUGGGGGCGCCUAGUGAAAACAAUCUGAUUGAUAAUCAAGAUCUAUUUUGUAAUAAAAUGGGUUUCACUUUGCGAAGUGCAUUAAAUCGAAGCCCCUUGAUUAAAAACCCGAAAAUGGAAAGUUUCGGUUGAAGGCAUGUUGACGGUACACAUGCUUUGCAAAUCCUGCAAUCGACCAAAAUCUACAGGGCAGUUUAGGAAUCGGAUGUCGGAUUUUAUUACACGAUUUUGAUUGGACUAUGCAGGCUCGUUAGUCUAGCCAGAACUCAAUAAUUAUAGUUCGACAAGGGCUCAUGUAGUCAGUUAACUCCCUUGCCUCAGGAAGAUGUCACAUGGAUUGAUGAAACUCCAA